AUGUGCCGCCGGACUUCGGCAUCGCACCCUCACAGCCAUAAAAAAACUACAACGAAGAACAAGCAGAAGAAGGUAAUAGUUGUAGCAAAAGGCCAAAUUAAGAAAGGGUUUCACUUGUGGAGUUGUGGUGAAUUGAAAUGGAGGCUUGCGACCAAUAAUAGACAGAUCAUUGUUCGAUGUGAUGUUGCGGUUGCCAAGAAAGAGAUCGUCAAUGCGCCCGGUGAGGAAUUUGAGUACCAAGCCGAGGUGGUUUCUCUCUGCAUAGUGAAAAGUCUCUACAUCCACAAGGAGGUGUUCCUUAGGGAGCUGGUUAGUAAUGCAAGUGAUGCUUUGGACACGUUGAGGUUUUUGAGUGUGACCGAGCUCUCGUUGCUUGGAGAUGCUGGUGAGCUACAAAUAUGCAUCAAACCCGACCCAGAGAAUGGGACUAUUACCAUUCCGUAUGUUGUUUCUGUGAUGAGCUUUUGUUGUAAAAAUGCAAAGGCUCUGUUUGGUUUGUUAUGGCCCUAG